AUGGUGUCGACUGCGAUGCCCUCGUUCCUCCCGGUGAACAACUCUCUGUCUAUGCCUCUGGCGGACCAGCAGAAGAAGGAGCGCUCGCCCGCAACACCUACGCCUUCGUCCGCGCCGGGGAUCAAGAGACAGUCGAACGGACAGGCACUCGCUAGCCAGACUCAUUCUCCCACCGUCACAUCAAACGGUAUAUCAAAAACAGACCUCAGCUCGAACCGUGGAACGAACAAUGUAACCGUUACCGAACAACAUCAACAGCCACCACACUCUCAUACAGCGUACACGCAAUCACAUACCAUGUCGGGAUCCUCGUCAACACCUAAUCGCGGCGCUGCCGUCAGUCGCGAGGGCUCCUCGACCCAUUCCUCCGCCUUCGAUGAGCUACAGCACCCCGACUCGGACGGAGAGCACUAUCCGUCCGACAACGAGGUAGAGAUGGGUGGCACCGGAAAUGCCGGACCUUCAGGCACUGGCCCUGCAGGUACUUCAGGGGCCGGGGGGGCCGCAACAACAACCUCGACUGCUCCCGCUGGGCCACCGUCAAAGAAGAAGAAAGGCCAGCGUUUCUACUGUACAGACUUUCCGCCCUGCAACCUCAACUUUACUAGAAAAAACACACCGGGGAACGCCCGUUUCAGUGUCAUUGUUCACGCCGGUUCUCCCGUCUCGACAAUCUACGCCAGCAUGCUCAGACUGUACAUGUUAAUGAAAACAUACCCGGUGAUUCCCUCGCGGCCACCGGAACCCGCUUCCAGCGCCAGAUACGGACCGAUCGGCUUUCCUCCUACGCAUCAAGAGUUACGGCGCAGACCGCCACCGUUGAUGAUGGCUGGAUCCGGCCCUGAUCCCGCCCGCGGCCGGCUAUCACUCUCUCUGGAGACGAUGGGUGAACCUCCCAAGACACCCCCAAAUCAGUCUGUUUCCGGACCCAUCUUUACUCCUUCAUCAGCUACAUACGACCAAUCGAGUCCAUACUAUGCCUCCCCUAGCUCAGCAUACGGUUCGUCAUAUUGGCCAGACCGCACCUUUGGUCGUCGUCUGUCAGUCCCAACAGGUACCCGACCGUUUGACUCGCAUUCGAAUUACCCCAGCCAGUCACCGUUUAUUCGUAUGACCCAUCCGCCACACCCAGGCCCGUCAAUAGCACCUGCUCCGGCUCCCGUAUUGGCCCCCGCACCAACAGAAGGCCCCCCAUAUGCAUCCGUAACACCAACCAGCUCCAUUGAUUCGGGGUUUGAAGCCGAUCCCCGGCGAAGAACUUGGCAUCCUUCAUCAUAUACUGGAUUUGCACGCCCUGCCCCGGCUACCAGUAGCCUAUGGUUCCAGCAAUCUGCUGAUCCACCAAGCGUAACCGCGGGUGUGAAUGUACCACCAAUAUCUUCGCCUUCUCAGCAGACAACCACUCGUCUACCAGGCAUCGAGUCUUUCGACCAAGUUCCGCCACGCCGGGACCUUGACCGUGAUCGAGACACCAGCCCUAUGACCCUCGACCGCCGCCACUACCAACCCCAGCCAUACUCGCAGCCGCCACCGCCGCCGUCACACAUAAUAAGUAGCUCGUCCUUCGCGCCUACAUUCAACGCCACGCCGCGGCCAGCUCCGCCAUUCUCCGGUGCUGAACAUCGGCGCGGCCAGCUAUCACUCGACACUACUUUACAGCGAACGUUAACCAGGCUAGACUUACAUGGCAAUGGAAGCUCCAGUGGCAGUGCCAAAGACGCAGCAAGCUGGAGCCAAGCUACUCUUGGUGAAUUACAAAGUAUUGGCUCACGACCGUCAACAGGAGCAGGUACAGGCCCUCUAAGAGAAGAGGCUGAGCAUGAAGAGGAUAUGGCGGGAGAUGACGGGCCGGGACCAGAUGUUCCUACCGAAAUGCCAACCACACAGUCGCAGCCAGCGCAGUAUGAGACGAGUGCAACAGAACAGCAGCGAAUGGCUGGAGGCAGUGGCGGCAGUAGCAGUGAUGGACUAGGCCGUCUCGAAGCAUUGGUUGCUGUCGCUACAAGUGAGAAUAAGAAAACCAACUUGUAA